ACCACCACCACCACCACCACCACCACCACCAGUUAUUAAUUACUAUUAAUACUACUGAGGUGACCAAGACUUGCCCUGUAUCCUUUCAGGAUGGACCAGAAGUGGGACUUGUACAAUGUUGCCCUGUAAGAAGAGAAGAGCUACAGUGACAGAGUCUGUGCACCAGCAGGAUAGCCAGGAGGGAGAUGACUUAGACUUAGAGUCAUCUGUGAAGCCUGAAUCUGUCCAGCUUAAAGAUUUGGCGUCAGAGUCACUAUCCUGGGAUCAGCACCAUGAGAGUGCAGUGUGCCCAGAGGUGGACUCCAGUCAUGAUGUAGAAAAUCAGCUCAGCGUGGAGGAUCCGUCUCUGCGCCCUAAGAUGCUCACCCAGCAUGGAAACCCACCUGUUUUGGAGGCUGUUGAUGGAGCCAUCGCUCAGGAAAUCGCCCUUCCUUCCUUGGAGUCUUCUCAUUCCCUGACUGUACACAUGGAUAAAGAGAGACUCCAGGCCACAGCCUCAAGGAAAGGGAAGAAAAUUGUCUUCCCGCCUGGGCUGGUUACCAGAGAAGACCAAGGGGAUCAUCCUGUCAUGGAGGAGCCUCCUUCAGGAGAGCCGGGUGAAGAAGUCAUGGCAGAAGGAGGUACCAAGAGGAAACGAGAUGGAAAAGGUCAAGAACAAGGGACGAUGGCACAUGACCUAAACCUGGAUGACAUGCUGGAUCGUACCUUAGAGGAUGGUGCUAAGAAGCACAAUUUGGCAGCAGUCAAUGUACGGAACAUCCUGCAUCAGCCUCCACAGUUUGUGGAUAUUCACCUAGAAGAAGAUGACUCCUCAGAUGAAGAGUACCAGCCAGAUGAAGAAGAGGAAGAUGAGACUGCUGAAGAGAGCUUAUUGGAAAGUGAUGUUGAAAGCACUGCUUCGUCUCCACGUGGAGUGAAGAGAUCCAGACUGCGAGCGUCUUCUGAAGUGGCUGAGACAGAUGAGGAGAGUGGCAUGCUGUCAGAGGUUGAGAAAGUCACCACACCUGCUGUUAGGCACAUCAGUGCUGAAGUAGUGCCCAUGGGGCCCCCACCUCCUCCAAAGCCAAAGCAGAGCAGGGAUAGUGCUUUCAUGGAGAAGUUAAAUGCAGUAGAUGAGGAGCUGGCUUCUAGUCCUGUCUGCAUGGAUUCUUUCCAGCCCAUGGAGGAUAGUCUGAUUGCAUUCAGAACUCGGUCUAAGAUGCCCCUGAAAGAUGUUCCUCUGGGCCAACUAGAGCUUCAGGCUCCAGAUAUCACCGUGGACAUGUAUAACCCAACUACAGCUAACAAUGAGGACUGGAAGUUGUGGCUAGGGGGCCUCCUAAAUGAUGACGUGGAGAACGAGGAUGAAGCAGAUGAUGAUGAUGAUCCAGAAUAUAACUUCCUGGAAGAUCUCGAUGAACCAGACACAGAGGAUUUCCGUACUGACCGGGCAGUGAGAAUCACUAAAAAAGAAGUGAAUGGGCUGAUGGAAGAGCUAUUUGAAACUUUCCAAGAUGAAAUGGGAUUCUCCAAUAUGGAAGAAGAUGGCCCAGAGGAAGAGGAGCGUGUAUCAGAGUCUCGGCCUAACUUCAACACCCCUACUCCAACUCACAGUUUACAUGUGGCACCCAUAAAAGAUGAAGCUGAGAACACGGAAGGCUUCUCAGCAACCCAGUCCAAUCCAAACACAGCGCACUGCCAGAGCAAAAAGGAAAUACUCAGAGAGUAUGGGGCACUGGAGUUCAGUCCUUUGGCCUCCCAUAUGGUAGGCAAGCACUGUAACCAAAAGGUCUGUGAAGUUAGGUUGUAUCAUUGCUUCUCUCUCAGUCUGUUAGCUUUAGGACUGAAGCACUUCGAAGGCACUGAGUUUCCUAAACCUCUAAUCAGCAAGUACCUUGUAACUUGUAAGACCGCUCACCAGCUGACGGUGAGAAUCAAGAACCUCAACCAGAACAGAGCUCCUAACAACGUGAUUAAAUUUUAUAAGAAGACCAAGCAGCUGCCAGUUCUGGUGAGGUGCUGUGAAGAGAUCCAGCCACAUCAGUGGAAGCCGCCCAUAGAGAAGGAGGAACACCAGCUCCCCUUCUGGUUGAAGGCCAGUCUACAGUCCAUUCAGGAUGAACUUCGGAACAUAGCUGAAGGUCCUGCAGAAGGAGAAAAUGUGACCCCAGCCCCAGAGACCAGUACAGAUCACCCCUUGGAGAAAGCCAGCCCUGAAUUAGGGACUGAAACUCGAUACCCAUUGCUGAUGCCCAAGGGUGUCGUUCUCAAAUUGAAGCCGGGUUCCAAGCGUUUCUCCAGAAGGGCUUGGCGACAGAAGCGACCAUUGGCCCAGAAGCCCCUGCUUAUCCAACCCAGUCCCUGUGUUCAGCCUGCGUUAAACCUGGGGAAAAUGGCAACCUGGCCAAUUCAAUCUGAAGUCCCUCCAGGCAACAUAGUAGUUCAGAUUCCUCAUCUUAUCCAGCCAACCCCUGUCUUACAGACACUUCAAGGUUUCCCUCCAGUGGGGGUCAGCAGCACAGAAUGUAUAGAGUCUCCUGCAGCAGCACUGCCAGCUAUGCCUUCUGGUCCUGAAGCCAGGACCAGCUUCUCCUUGUCUGAGUCUCAGUCACUACUAUCUUCUUCCUCUGCACCCAAGAUAAUGCUACCCUCACUUGCUCCUUCAAAAUUUCAAAAGCCAUUCUUGAGGCCGAAGCCCAUGAGAAGAAAAGGAGCCAAACUUUCUCCCUGUGUGAAACCUGCCCCCAUUGUCCACCCGACGCCCGUCAUCUUCGCUGUCCCUGCCACCACAGUGAAGGUUGUAAGCCUUGGUAGUGGGUGUAAUGUGAUCCAGCCUGUUAAUGCAGCCGUGGCCCCAAAUCCCCAGACCAUUCCUAUCACCACUCUCUUGGUUAAUCCUACACCGUUCCCCUGUCAGUUAAACCAACCCCUGGUGGCCUCCUCCAUUCCACCCUUAAUUGUUUCUGGAAAUUCUCUGACACUUCCUGUACCCUCUAUUCCUGAAGAUAACGCUCAUGUGAACUUGGAUGUUACUGAAGGGAUGAGUGUUCUUCAGAACCCAGACUCCACAUUAAAACCCCAGGAGCCGACUUCUCUCUGUGCUACUGUCUUCUCCAAAGAAGAUCCUGUGCCAUGGCAUCCCUCUUCAGGUACAGAAAGCCAAGAGACAUCCUCAGAAUUGAGUUCCUGUGGAUGGGCCAUUGUGAAAACAGAAAGCCAGGAGGCCUCUUCAGAAUCCAGUGCCUGUGUAUGGACAGUUGUGAAAACAGAAAACCAGGAGGCCUCCUCAGAAUCCAGUGCCUAUGGCUGGACAGUUGUGAAAACAGAAAGCCAGGAGGCCUCCUCUGAAUCGAGUGCCUGUGGAUGGACAGUUGUGAAAACAGAAAACCAGGAGGCCUCUUCAGAAUCGAGUCCCUGUGGAUGGACAGUUGUGAAAACAGAAAACCAGGAGGCCUCCUCAGAAUCCAGUGCCUAUGGCUGGACAGUUGUGAAAACAGAAAGCCAGGAGGCCUCCUCUGAAUCGAGUGCCUGUGGAUGGACAGUUGUGAAAACAGAAAACCAGGAGGCCUCUUCAGAAUCCAGUGCCUGUGGAUGGACAGUUGUGAAAUCAGAACGCCAGGAAGCCUCCUCAGAAUCCAGUGCCUGUGGCUGGACAGUUGUGAAAACAGAAAACCAGGAGGCCUCCUCAGAAUCCAGUGCCUGUGGAUGGACAGUUGUGAAAACAGAAAGCCAGGAGGCCUCCUCAGAAUCCAGUGCCUGUGGAUGGACAGUUGUAAAAACAGAAAAGCAGGAGACGUCCUCAGAAUCCAGUGCCUGUGGAUGGACAGUUGUGAAAACAGAAAGCCAGGAGGCCUCCUCAGAAUCCAGUGCCUGUGGCUGGACAGUUGUGAAAACAGAAAGCCAGGCGGCCUCUUCAGAGUGCAGUGCCUGUGGAUGGACAGUUGUGAAAACAGAAAACCAGGAGGCCUCCUCAGAAUCCAGUGCCUCUGGAGGAGAGAAAGAUGGGCCUGAGGAUGAAGAGGAGGAGGAGUUUGAUGAGCUCACCCAAGAUGAAGAAGAUGAACUGUCAUCAGCUUCUGAGGAGUCUGUGCUUUCUGUCCCAGAGCUCCAGGAAACAAUGGAGAAACUGACUUGGCUGGCAUCUGAAAGGAGCAUGAGUCAGGAGGGUGAGUCUGAGGAAGAGAACUCCCAGGAGGAGAACUCUGAGCCAGAAGAAGAAGAGGAAGAGGAGGCAGAAGGGAUGGAAGCCUUGCAGAAAGAGGGUGACGUGAAUGAUGAAGCAGUUGGAGAUGCUGCUGAGAAGCAGCCUUCUACCUUGGCCUCACCCAAGACUGCUCCACAAGUGGAGACCAGCGUAACCCCAGCAGAAGGAAAGUCGAUGUAUUCAAGAAGGCCGGAUGUGACAUUUGUGGCUAGUACCACACACAGAAUGCAGCAGCCAGUGAUGCUUCAUAUUCGGCCACACCCAGAAUUGCCAGAGCUAUUAAACUCACACCAUUGCUGAGGGUUUACUGUGGCCAGAGUUAGCCAAAGAUAUUUUUGAAUUAUGAUUGGAGAAAAAUUUAUUACCUAAUUGUGUUAUGACUGUAUAAAAAUUUAUUACCCAAUUGAGUGAAAUUUUCUUAUCUAACGAUAAUGUCCCCAAACAAAUAGAUGAUAUGUCUGCUGUCAUUCUUUAUUAGGUAACUAGGAAAUGAAAUCUGAUCCAUUUCCAAUAUUUAGUAUCCAUCUUUAGUAAUCUAGUAACCAGUAGCAACUGGUCAGUUACUGGUUUACGUGAGGAAUAUUAAUGAUAAUGACUUUAAAGUUGAGUUUCUUUUCUUUGCACCUCUAGAAACAACUGCUGUGAUUGAUGUAUUUGAGAGAACAUAAGAUCUCUUGGGGAAAGGUUUGUGAUUUUUACACAGAUGGUGCUCCAGCUAUCCUUUUAUGUCCAUUUGGAUUUCAACUUUUUGUACUGAAUAAGUCACCAAAAGUCAUCAGAAGCCACCAUAUGAUUCAACAGCAAAUAUUAGCAGUGAAAGAUGUUGUCAUAAGAGUUAUAAGAAAUGGGCUGGAGAUAUGGCUCAGAGGUUAAGAACACCGACUGCUCUUCCAGAGGUCCUGAGUUCAAUUCCCAGCAACCACAUGGUGGCUCACAACCAUCCAUUAUGAGAUCUGGUGCCCUCUUCUGGUGUGCAGAUAUAUAUGGAAGCAGAAUGUUGUAUACAUAAUAGAUAAAUAAAAUCUUUAAAAAAAAAAAAAAAGAGUUAUAAGAAAUGCCAAGUGGUGGUGUUGUAUGCCUUUAAUCCCAGUUUUCAGGAGGCAGAGGCUGGCAGAUCUCUGUGAGCUCUAGGACAGCCUGUUCCACAAGGUGAGUUCUGGUACAGCCAGGGCUGUUAUACAGAGAAAUCUGGUCUUGAACCCCCAAGCUCCCAAAAAAGAGUUGCUAGAAGUAAUAAAAAGUGUUAUAAAUUGUUAAUUUUGUAAAGGCAAUCACUUUAAACAGUGACUGUUUUCACAACUGUGUUGUAAUAAGUUGGUUGCAAUGACCAAAGCUCUGCAAUUUCUCACUGAAGUCAGAUGGUUUUUUGAGUGGAAAGGUUUUAAAAUGUGGUGGUUUUCAUUUUUUGGUUUGUUUUGUUUUUCCCAGAGACAAGGUUUCUCCGUGUAGUACUGGCUGUCCUAGAACUCACAUUUUAGACAAGGCUAGCUUCAAACUCACAAGAGACUCACCAGUCUCUGGUUUCCUGAGCACUGGGAUUAAAGGUGUGUGACACAACUGCCCAGCUAAAAUGUGUUUUGGAGCUUCAUGAAGAGCUCAAAACUUUUUUAAACCAGAAAGCAAGACCACAGUUUGAAGCACUUUUCAGUAAUAAAAGUGAAAACAGAAAAUAGCUUAAUUGGUUACCAUCUUUGCUAUCUUGAAUGAGUUAAAUUUAUCGAUACAAGGUCCAAUGCAACAUGCCUUAAUUUUUCUAAAAAGUUCAUAUUCCAAAUGAAACCUCAACUUUAGCGAAAAGAAAAAAAAAGUGGAGGAUGAAAACAAAUUUAUAUGUUGUCUAUUUUAUCUGAUGUCUUUGAGGAACAUGAUACUGAACUAGAAAAAGGAUUACAAUAAAAAUUUUUGUGAAAGAACA